ACCAAGCUCAAGAAAUCAGUUCCAAAACCUCCACCCCUGCUGCCAACACUCCAUUGCCUCGCAUAGUGGGAAUGAAAGGUUAAUUUACUGCGGUCGCAUUUAAAGGGAAAUUAUAGUUACAAUUGUUGCCGCUAAAAAAAUAACUGGAAAUGGCGGGUUAAAAUACAUUUCAGACAACGUGUCAUCAUUUCACGUUUAACGUCAAGCCGGUUGAAUGAAACUUUACUAAUUCACUUCAAAAGGUUCUGCUGGUGUCGAAGCCCAAGUUCAGACUCCAGGGGCCUCACCUUACUGCAGGGGCCCACCUGUGAGAUCCCUGGGAGCAAGUUCAAAAAAGCACAAGACGAAAAUACAGUGUGUGAUGUCACCACGAGGCGUGCUGAGCAGGCGGGAGAAAAGGCCAAGUCCUCCUUCUCUCUCUUCCAGCCGGCUGCACCCUAAAGUAGUCACUCCCCUGCCCACUGGAGCGGUCUCUCCGCUGGCGUCACACGGGGACCCCCGCCAACGUCACGCAGGGCAGGGGCCACGUCUCCGCUGACGCAGCGGGGAAGGGCUGCAGGCAGUGUCUGACGCAGAGGGACCAUGCCCAACGUUAAGGUGCAGAGCUCCAGUGGCCUGGCCCAGGCCCGCCGCAGUGUCCAGCAGCUCAGGCAGGAGGCCUGCAUGGAGAGGAUCAAGGUGUCCAAGGCGUCUUCAGACCUCAUGCACUUCUGCCGGGAGCAGGCCAAGUACGAUCCCCUGCUCAAUGGCAUCCCUGCCUCCGAAAACCCCUUCAAGGAGAAGAAGCCAUGCGCCAUUUUGUAGCAGAAGACACUUUCGGCCUUUAUUCUUCUCAUGCUUUUUCCCCCCCAUUAUUCUGUUCCGGAAAACAAGACUCAAACUGAAACUCAUGAGUGAAACUGUACCAUAGAAACGUUAGCCUUGAGGUCGUUGGCCUCUCUAAAUUGGUUACCAAACACCUGCUUCUGAACAGCGGUUGGAUAAGUAGCCCUUUAACUGCACACCAAGUACACCAAAGAACACUCAGCCACUGUACUCCAGCUAGCAUGUAGCAUCAGAUAUAACAGCUAGCAGAUGUAGCAAUGGAUAUAAAAGCUAGCAGAUAUGGCAUCAGAUAUAAUUCUUGCAGAUAUAGCAUGAGAUAUAAAGCUAGCAGAUAUAUCAUCAGAUAAAACGGCUUGCAGAUAUAGCAUAUAAAAGCUAGCCGAUAUAGCAUAGAUAGAUAAAGAAUUCACUACAGUAUGAGGUAUAAUAUUAGGUAUUGUGCCAUAAAAAAUAACAUUAGAUAUUACUCCAAUGUUAAAGAUGCAAUGUAUGACCUUUUAAUGCAGAGAAGGAACCUACUUUCUCCAGGUAGAUUUAUUGGAUUUAUAGGAAUUAAUGGAGGGUUUCACCAGUUGGUCAUAAUGAAAUGUUAUUCAAAGCUUCAGAUAAAAAAAAUGUUUUAUAUCAAUGCAAUGGCUUUCUGCCUUUCUGUACUUCGUAUGCAAUAGAAACAACUGCAAGAUGAUGAUUUUUCACUUGACACUCCUCACACUUCUGGUAAGGUAUAGAUGUUUGUGGCAAAUGAAUGAGUGUAGAUUAGCCCCUUUAAAUGAGGUACACCUUAAAUGUAUUUAAAUACGCUGUAGAUUCUAUAUCUCACCGUGUGUCGGCUUCCAUAUUUGUUAUCAUGCUAUCAGUUAGUCUUAAAAGCUGUUAGAACUUACAUAAACAUGACUGUCACCAUCUUGUACCAAAACAUUCUGUGUUUACAGUUGCCAUGGGGAUUUUCCUCCACACAAUCCAUCAGAGAGCUGAGAUGCAUUAAUGCGUGUACCAGGGUGACUAUUGACAUUCGUCUCAUGUUUAAUUACACAUAACUAAGGAAAGGUCGCUUAAAAUCUUUCUAGGUGUAGAUGCAAUAAUGCUAGGACACACAUUGAAUGAAUAUGUAUACUUACAUGCACUCACAUACAUUUUAGCUACUCGUCUGAAUUGUGUUUGUGUGUGAGUGUGUGUGAAUGCAUGCGUGUGUGUGUCUAUGAGACCGUUGUCAACAAUUAUGGCGGAAUUUAUCCAACAAAUAAAACAUGUAAGGACCUGAUCAAUGUGUUAAUCGAUUUAAAUAAAAGUAUUCCCAAACGAUGUAAAUCACAAGUCCAUGUAUUCAUUGAACCAGCAGUACUUAUUUAUACAAAACUACAAAGACCUUCCAAAUACAACCAAUGAUCCUUGUAACAACAAAGAGACAGGGGUAUUUUCAUGAUCAUCCGGUUCUUAGUACGCAUUCGUAUUCGUAUUCUGAGAAAGUCCAUUCUCUUAAUAACUGCACCCUCGAGUUUACUCAGAUCUGAAU